AUGUCAGAGAACGAGACGAAAGACACCAAGCAGUUGUUCGUCAACGCUAUCAAGGCGCCUCCCUUCAGCCCGAAGCGAGCCAAAAUAUGGUUUGCGCAACUGGAAGCACAAUUCUCUAUACACGGCAUUGUACAAAAGCGGGAAAAAUUCAAUCACGCUAUUUCGCUGAUCGACUCCGAGUCCGCACACGAAGUUAAGGCAAUGAUCAUCAACCCGCCAACACUUACGCCUUUCAGCCAGCUCAAAGAAGCGCUGAUCAAGUGUUUUUCCGCGUCUGAAUCAGCCAAACUGCGCCAGCUCUUAGACGGCGAGGCAAUAGGUGAUCGCUCACCUUCACAAUUCCUACGACAUCUAAAAUCGCUAGCCCCAACGAUUGAUGAAGCUGUACUCAGGACCAGAUGGAAGUCGAAUCUGCCAAAGAAGACGCAAGAGUUACUCGCCGUGUCCCCAGAUACUGCGACAAUCGACGACUUGGCCAAAACAGCAGACAAAAUUCAUGAGAUGUUCGCUGUGUCUCACAAUUCCGCCGCAGCAGUGUCCACACCAUCGAAUACUCAGAUCUCAGCGCUCGAAAAACAGAUCUCCGAGCUAACUCACUGCGUCGCCGCUCUAUCAUCAGCUCAGAUCAGACAAAGAGGACUUUUGACGUCUCGAAAACCCCGAAAUAGGUCCCAGUCCAAAGGACGAGGCAAACUUAAAGACGGCAUCUGUUAUUACCACAUAAAAUUCGGCAAACAGGCUUACAAGUGCGCCGACGGAUGCAAGUUCGCGGGAAACGCAAACGGGAGUCCCUAG